UCACGAACGUCCUCCUGCGGAAGCGCUUGAGCGCGGGGCUGGCUUGUUUAUCUUGUCUGUUAUGUAGUAAACGUGAGUUGGUAGGUUAUUUUUUUACCAUAACCAGUUGAAAACCAUCGCAGCUUUGCACUGAGCUGUCUUUGCGAGUAGAAAUGAAGAGACUAGUUGUUGGAAUUGGUGGCGUGGUUCAGCAUCUAUGUGAUAACCAUGUAGUGACAAAUGGAGGAAAAUCUACUCUCGCCAAAAGCCUUUAUGAGCAGAUUCCCAACAGCUAUAUCAUUCCACAGGACUCGUAUUUUAAGGAUGAUUGUCUUGUACCAGUAGACAGAAAUGGCUUCAAGCAGUAUGACACUCUUGAUGCUCUCAACAUGAACAAGAUGAUGACGGAGGUGGACUCGUGGCGAGCUGAUCCUCUCUCGUUCCUGAGGCAGCGAGGCCUGAACAUCAAGAGUUCUCCUGCCAUUAAGCAAGUUUACGUUCUGAUUGUGGAAGGUUUCCUCAUUUUUAACUACAGGCCUCUAAAUGAGCUGUUUGACAAAAGGUAUUUUUUGGAAAUACCUUAUGAUGUCUGCAAAAGGAGACGCAGUUCCAGGGAGUACUCACCUCCCGAUCCUCCAGGGUACUUUGAUGGAUAUGUUUGGCCAAUUUACCAAAUCAACCUCCAAGAGAUGGAGAGGACCACAUCAGAUAUUGUGUUUCUGGAUGGUCUGAAACCAAAGGAAGAGCUGUUGGCUGCUGUACGUGAAGAUAUUUGGCAGGAAAUAGACCGACUCAAGGAGAAAAACUGACUCAUCUAACAUAUUUUACCAAUAAUGGAGACCGCUGCCCCUCUGGAUGUUUGGAAAUAAUUGCUUUUGGGCUAAAGCUCACCUGAAAGGACCAAAUAAAGUUCUGUUUUUGUGCUUCGUGGGGUUCCCGUGGAUCAUCCACUUCUUCCAGCCCUUCCCGUUGGUGCUUGAUCAGAUUGAAUAUUUAAUGUUUUAAUCGUUUUACUGUUUGUUAAUGUUGUUUGCAUCUUUUUUCCUACUGACACAUCUUGUUGUAGUACCAGUUAAAGCCACCAGGGGCAUGUAUUGAUCUGAGUUUGGCAGGGAAUCAUAAAACCACCUCUAUGAAACUCAGAACUAUGAGGUUUCCCAGUUAGGGUUAAAUGUUUGCAAAUUGAAAAGUGACAUUACUUCAUCUUUCAGUGGUUUCAACAGCUGUCGGUAAUAAAGCUAAAAAGGAUAAUAAUGCAGUGCUGAACCUGAGCUACAAUAUGUUGACCAUAUUCACUCAUGUUGUUGCUAAAUGUAUUCAUUACAAAUUAUGAAUCCCAAUUAACUUUGUAGCUUUUAAAAUAAAAUGCAUCUGCAGAUCUA